AUGAGGAGUUUUUGGUUGUUACCUUUAUUAUCUCUCCCCAGCGCACUAUCCAACUCCGCUACCGAGCAGAUAGUUUUCAGCAAUGGGUACCAUCCAAUUGACCAGUCCGUGGUCAAGAACGUUGUUGACCAAUUCUUGAGUGAUGCUAAGAAGGCGAUCCUCAAAGGGAAGAAGAACAUGCAGAAUUGGAUUCAUGAUGGAAGAGAGUAUAUCAAACAGAAUGAUUUUCUUUAUGAGCUCGUGUCACAUCCGGCUUUCGGUUCUCAUCAACUUAGGCUCACGGAACCAACGUUGUGCGAUCCAUCUGUCAAACAGUACUCUGGUUAUCUGGAUACUCAAGAGGACAAACACCUUUUCUUCUGGUUCUUCGAAUCCAGAAAUUCACCAAAGGACGCACCUCUAAUAAUGUGGUUGAACGGUGGACCCGGUUGUAGCUCUUCAACUGGAUUGUUAUUUGAACUCGGUCCCUGUCGUAUCAGUGACGAAGGCAGAAACACUACCGUGAAUCCUCACAGCUGGAACACGCAUGCCAAUAUCAUCUUCCUUGAUCAGCCAGUCGAAGUUGGUUAUUCUUACAGCUCGAGUGGGAAUUCGGUAGACACUAGUCCAGUGGCCGGGAAAGAUGUCUAUGCUUUCCUCGAACUCUUCUUUGUUAGAUUUCCCGAAUAUUCCAGUCUUCCAUUCCACAUUGCUGCGGAGAGUUAUGGCGGUACAUACGCACCAAACAUUGCCAACGUCAUCUACAAGCAGAACAAAGAGCUGUCUUUGGCUACAUCUGGUUCCUCCCAACUCAAGAUCAUCAAUUUGGCGUCGGUUGUUUUAGCAAAUGGGCUUACAAAUCCCUAUGUUCAGAUGGGUUCUAUAGCCGACUGGGCUUGCGAAGGUCCUUAUGCCGUUUACGAUGAUCCUAGUGGUCCUCAAUGUGAAGCGCUGCGCACGAAGAUUCCAACGUGCCAAAGACUCAUCAACUCCUGCUACUCAUUCAAUUCGCGACUUACGUGCGUUCCUGCGCUCUUGUAUUGUAACUCUCAAUUGUUUGGACCUCUCAUGCAACUCGGACUCAAUCCAUAUGACGUGCGUCGGAAAUGCGAUCGGGCCAAGGAUGGGGAGCUAUGCUACCGGGAGAUGGAUCAUGUUGCAACUUGGAUGAAUGACGGGAAGAACAAAGUUGCGCUUGGUGCUAAUCCAUCUAUCGAAUUUGAAGCCUGCAAUAUGGAAGUCAACCAGGCGUUUUCUAGGCAAGGCGAUGGCGCACACAACAGUGCGCUUCUUUUACCCGACCUUAUCAACGAUGGCGUCCGACUAUUGGUCUAUGCUGGAAAUGCUGAUAUGAUGUGCAAUUUCAUUGGCAACGAACGCUGGGUUGAACAACUAGAUACCAAAUUCUAUGAUGAGUUUGUUGCAGCUCAGUCGAUUCCGUGGAUCACAAUCGAGGGUGGUGUUCUGGCCGGAACUGUUCGUUCUGCAGGGCGUGGUGGAUUCGGUGCUGGAAAUGUUACUUUUGUAACAGUUCACGAAGCAGGCCAUAUGGUUCCAUAUGACCAGCCCGAGGCGGCACUUGAUCUGAUAACAAGAUGGAUUCUGGAUUCCCCUCUGUCUUUGGACUGA